AUGGCGGUCAAUAACCAUCUAAAUUUCUUCUUUCUUCUUCUAUCUCUUCAUGCAAUAGCUACUUCUGCACAAUCGGGGUUUGUAAGCAUAGAUUGUGGUAGCAGUAGCAAAAAAUACACGGACGAAAACGGGAUCACCUGGGUUAGCGACGACUCCUACAUUUACACAGGUGAGAACAAAGUGGCCCAAACGCCUAAUUCUGUCUCCAAAGUGAUGAGCACUCUUAGGGUUUUCUCAACUCGGAAGAAGAAUUGUUACUCAAUCCACUUCACCAAGGGGACUCAUGUUCUUGUUCGAGCAAGCUUUUACUAUGGCAACUAUGACCAGAAGUCAACUCCCCCUUCCUUUAAUAUACAAUUAGAUGGCAACGAUGCAGGAGAUGUGGAUACUUCCAGUACCGAUUUGGUUACUUAUGAAAUCAUAUAUGCUGUAAGAAGUGAUACCAUAAACCUAUGCUUAGCUCAGACACAGCCCAAUCAGCUUCCCUUCAUAUCUGCACUUGAAGUGAGGACCUUGGAGUCUACAAUGUAUCCCAAUGUAGACUUAUCAAACUAUGCUCUACUCUUAGAAGAAAGGACUGCUUUUGGUGCAACUAACUCAACAAGGUACCCGGUUGACCAAUAUGAUCGAAUAUGGGUUGUAGGAGAAGCUGGGACUGGAAUAUCUGCUGUUUCAAGUACCGCCCCGGCAAUCAACACGAGUGGUAUCUAUGACAAUCCUCCAUCUAUUGUGCUACAAAAUGCAGUAACAGAUACGGAUACUACAUCGACUGCUAUAACCUUAUCCCCUACUAUUCCAACGGGAGAAGAAGUCAGUGUGUACAUAAACUACUAUUUCUCUGAAGUGGCUGUGACGACUCAGCAACGAUCGUUCACCGUCGACGUAGAUGAUAUAGUCCAAAGUGACACCAUAAUUCCAUCGUACGGAGGCACUACGGAGUUAUCCUUUUACAACUUCACUGCUACCUCCAAUACUAAAUUUUCUUUGGAAUCCACAUUUGAUUCGACACUUCCUCCACUGAUUAAUGCCUGGGAGGUCUUUUUUGUUAGUGAUCCAUUAACAACUGGGACCAACAGUGCUGAUGUGAAGCAAUUGGGUUUAUUACAAACCCAAUUCCCUGUGCUAGCUGGAUGGACUGGUGAUCCUUGCCUUCCAUCACCCUAUACCUGGGACUGGGUUAAUUGCAGUUCUGAUGCCACCCCUCGCAUUACAGCACUGUAUCUUAAUGGCUAUGGCCUCUCUGGAACAAUUCCAGAUUUGAGCUCCUUGGAUGAUCUUCAAAUCAUUGAUAUGCAUAACAACAGCUUAACUGGAGAUAUUCCUGCUUCCCUAGGCAAACUCUCCUACCUUCAAGAGCUGAACCUGGCAGAUAAUGACCUCAGUGGAACCGUACCAACCUCACUGUCCAAUAAUAAUAAGUUACAAUUCGACGUUUCUGGCAACAGGAAAUUGUGUGCCACUGACAGCAAAUCGUGCCAGAGGUCAGUGCCUUCAAGCUCUGGAGGAACUCCAUCAGAUGUUUCCACAACUCCAUCUACAAGUAGCAGCAACAAGAGUAGUAGCAAGCUACCGAUAAUCCUAGGAAUCACAAUCCCUGCUUUCAUUAUUUUCAUAGCGAUCGUGGCAUUUCUAGCUAUCACAUACCAGAAGAGAAGAGCUGCUACUUGUGUAACCAUGAAUGCAGGUUAG